AUGAGUCUUCUUUACCCUGCUGGCGCCGCCGCCGCGGCGCUAGGUGUUGUUGGACUUUAUAUGCUCUUCAAUGGCGAAGGCGAACAAUUCAAUGUUGGCCAAUUUCUCGAGACAGUCUCUCCCUACGCAUGGGCGGACUUGGGCAUCGGCCUCUGUAUAGGAUUGUCGGUGGUGGGUGCGGCCUGGGGAAUCUUCAUUACUGGCACAUCAAUCCUCGGUGGAGGUGUGAAAGCACCACGGAUACGAACCAAGAACUUGAUCUCGAUUAUCUUCUGCGAAGUCGUCGCUAUCUACGGAGUCAUCAUGUCAAUCGUGUUCUCGUCGAAGCUUUCGAUGGUACCUGAGGAGGCUUUAUACACGGGUUCGAAUUACUACACAGGCUACGCGCUAUUCUGGUCUGGUCUCACUGUGGGAAUGUGCAAUCUCAUCUGCGGCGUCAGCGUUGGAAUCAAUGGAAGCAGUGCGGCACUUGCAGAUGCCGUUGAUGGCAGUCUCUUCGUCAAAAUUCUGGUCGUCGAAAUCUUCUCGAGCGUGUUGGGACUUUUCGGACUUAUCAUCGGAUUAUUGGUCAGCAGCAAGGCUUUUGAAUUCGAGUGA